GGAAAGUGAGAAAGCACUUGAUGACGAAGGAAAACAUAAUUGCAAUGCGUUCAAUGGAUGCUUCAAAGUGUUCCACAGUGACUGACGUGGUAUGCCAACAGUGGACAUUUGAUGAAACGAUCACACCGUGGCCAAUUCCGCGUAACUAGAUUUCAAGCAGUGAAGUGUCGUCUGUUCCGCUUAAAAAUUUUAAUAUUUUCUUUCUACGUUUCCGGUGAAAAAAUUAAUUAAUUUGUAAAAAAAUGGUGUUGUUAACGAUGAUUGCAAGGAUAGCAGAUGGUUUGCCACUAGCGGCUACCAUGCAAGAGGAUGAACAGAUAAUUGAAAAUGAAGUAUGCUACUUGGUAUUAUGUGAAAGGAAUUACAGUAAACGUCUUGCCUAUAGUUAUCUUGAAGACAUAGCACAAGAAUUUCAUUCUAUAUAUGGCAAACGUGUUAAUACAGUCACCAGGCCUUAUAGUUAUAUCGAAUUCAAUACAUAUAUUCAAAAAGCAAAGAAGGUUUUUUCGGAUGGCAGGUCAAGAAGAAAUAUGAAUGCACUCAACUACCAAUUACAAGAUGUGCAAAGAAUCAUGGUAAAAAAUAUAGAUGAUGUGUUGCAAAGGGGUACAGUUCUUUCAGAACUAGAUACAAAAACACAAAACUUGUCCAUGUUGUCACAAAAAUAUAAAAAAGAUGCAACCCUCUUAAAUAGCAAGUCCAUGUAUGUGAAGGCUGUGGCUGGGUUUGUUGCACUUUUGGUCUUCCUGCUAUACUUUUUCAUUCUUUAG